AUGAUCCUCUAUGCUUGUGUGGUGCGGCUGCAAGACGGACUACCGCUCUCAGCCUCCAUGGAUUUCCACAUGAGCAAGAAUGUGUCUGACAGUAAGAGGAAACUCCGAGCUUUGUCUGUCAGUCUGUGUCAGCGUCCAGAGAGAGGAACCGCAGAGCUCCGUGAACUCAGCAUACAGUGAGUACGGCGCACCUUGCUGAUUACUGUAGGGCUAACCUGGGCAGCGCAGAGCUUUCUGAGCUCCACAUACAGUGAGUAUGGCAUACCUUACUGAUUACUGUAAGGCUAACCUGGGCAGCGCAGAGCUUUCUGAACUCCGCAUACAGUGAGUACGGCGCAUCUUACUGAUUACUGUAGGGCUAACCUGGGCAGCGCAGAGCUUUCUGAACUCCGCAUACAGUGAGGAUGGCAUACCUUGCUGAUUACUGUAGGCUAACCUGGGUAAGGCAGAGCUUUCUGAACUCCGCAUACAGUGAGUACGGCGCACCUUGCUGAUUACUGUAGGCUAACCUGGGCAAAGCGGAGCUUUCUGAACUCAACAUACAGUGAGUACGGCGCACCUUGCUGAUUACUGUAGGCUAACCUGGGCAGCGCAGAGCUUUCUGACCUCCGCAUACAGUGAGUAUGGUGUACCUUGCUGAUUACUGUAGGCUAACCUGGGCAAGGCAGAGCUUUCUGAACUCAGCAUACAGUGUGCACUGCAUACUUUGCUGAUUACUGUAGGCUAACCUGGGCAAGGCAGAGCUUUCUGAACUCAGCAUACAGUGUGCACUGCAUACCUUGCUGAUUACUGCAGGGCUAACCUGGGCAAGGCAGAGCUUUCUGAACUCCGCAUACAGUAUGUACGGCGCAUCUUACUGAUUACUGUAGUGCUAACCUGGGCAGCGCAGAGCUUUCUGAACUCCGCAUACAGUGAGGAUGGCAUACCUUGCUGAUUACUGUAGGCUAACCUGGGCAAGGCAGAGCUUUCUGAACUCCGCAUACAGUGAGUACGGUGUACCUUGCUGAUUACUGUAGGCUAACCUGGGCAGCGCAGAGCUUUCUGAACUCCGCAUACAGUGAGUACGGCGCACCUUGCUGAUUACUGUAGGGCUAACCUGGGCAGCGCAGAGCUUUCUGAACUCCGCAUACAGUGAGGAUGGCAUACCUUGCUGAUUACUGUAGGCUAACCUGGGCAAGGCAGAGCUUUCUGAACUCCGCAUACAGUGAGUACGGUGUACCUUGCUGAUUACUGUAGGCUAACCUGGGCAAAGCGGAGCUUUCUGAACUCAACAUACAGUGAGUACGGCGCACCUUGCUGAUUACUGUAGGCUAACCUGGGCAGCGCAGAGCUUUCUGAACUCCGCAUACAGUGAGUAUGGUGUACCUUGCUGAUUACUGUAGGCUAACCUGGGCAAGGCAGAGCUUUCUGAACUCAGCAUACAGUGUGCACUGCAUACUUUGCUGAUUACUGUAGGCUAACCUGGGCAAGGCAGAGCUUUCUGAACUCAGCAUACAGUGUGCACUGCAUACCUUGCUGAUUACUGCAGGGCUGACCUGGGCAAGGCAGAGCUUUCUGAACUCAACAUACAGUGAGUAUGGCGCACCUUGCUGAUUACUGUAGGCUAACCUGGGCAACGCAGAGCUUCUUGAACAGUGAAUAUAGUUGUAAGUAUUGUUCUUAAGGGCCCCCUCCUCCUUCGAUCUCUUUAAAAAUAUUUUUAAAAUAAAUUAUACUUAUCUAUAUCCAGUGCUGGGCGAAGCUGCUGGCGCUGCUUUCCAUCCUCCCUUCUCCUAGCGCAGCAUUUGAUUGGAUCAUUUGGCUGGCUCACAGUGCAUGGGGAGAGGAUAGGCACGGAGUUAAGAAAACAAAUGAAAAAAAAAUUGCAUAAAUAGAUAGGGAGGUGGGAGGAAAGGAAUGGGACACACAAGAAUCACAUUACGUCUGUCUCCUGCGUGCAGUGCGCACUGAUGACAGAUAUAAAAUAUUAGGCAUUAAGCAAUCAGGAACCGGGUUCUGGGCUGCCGAUGUCACUGUGUGCUGGGAUGCAACUACCAACCCCCCACCUGGCACAAAGGUUCUAGUUACUCUGGAUGUGCACUGUUUCAAGCUGAAACACUGAACACCCAGACUCCUGCCACCAUCACAUCUCUAAUAAGUGGUUAUGGUGGAUGUAGUAACCCUUGAAAUUCCCGGUAAUUCUCACUUCAUAAAUCAUAAAUAACCCUACAUGUAUAAAGCAGAGAAGGGGUUAACACAUUGUAUUGUCUUUAUCCUGACAGUACUGUAUUUGAAGUGCAGUUCCUCUUUCUAAUUCUUUAAUUAGUGUUUGAUUAACAGGACAUCGCACCGGCUAUAGGAUCAUCGUCAGCCUCUUUAUAGUAAGUGACAGAUAUAAUAAAAGGGUUUGUCAGACUCGCAGUGCGUCUUCCACCAAUGGGUCCUAAAGGAAUGGAUAUUUAUUGUCUGUAGCGGUGAAGAGGAUAUGUUAGUUGAUCAGCAGAUCGUUAACCUCUCCCACCCUUGAAUAGCCGUUAUAGGUAGCCUUGGCACUCCAGAUGCUUGUGACAUAUGUUUACCAUGAUGCUUAGUAAUGCAUAGUUUACAGGCAUCUAGGGCUGCAAUAGCUAACACAGUGCUGUUACAAACACACAAGUGAACAUCUUUACUAAUUGUCACCAAUUUGUUUUCGGCUGAAUGCCCCUCUGUCCCACAGCUUCUGCUCCUCAGGGGACAUCGCCUCGCUGGCUCUCUGCUCCAGCAGUUACCCUCCCAGCAUGGCAUUCUGCUUCUUGGACGAGGUACUCUGGGAGUUCAUGGCAUCCUAUAAGAAUAUAGCGAUCGCCCUGGCAUCCAGGCCAUAUGCCUUCCGAGAGUUUGGUAAGUUACACAACUAAAAUCAAUACUUAAAAAUGGCGUCUGUCGGUCUGAGGGGGUUUUAAGGCAAUUACCAACAAAAAAGCUAUUUUUAAAUAUUUUUUGUAACUGUAAAUAUAUUUGCAGAAUGAUGGAAUAUUACUGUUGAAGUGAUGCAUUAUUUAAUAGAUUAUUCACUGUCAAGGUAAAAGACAAGUUUUAAAAGUAAACUUUUUACAAAGUAAAAAUCGGGACUAAGGAAGGACCAGUCUGAGUGGAGCACGUCAUGGGUUAAUAAAUCAUGUUACUGUUAUACAGGUUACAGUGACCGGAACAGCCUGGGAUUAGUUACAAUUGAUUAGUUACAAGAAAGCACUAGAGCGGAACGAUAAAUGUCCAAAACGCUCCCUAAUGUAUAAAAUAAAUAUGUAAAAAUUAGCUCCUGAUUGAAAAAAUAAAAACAAGAGAUCUUCAAAGUGAACACAUUCAUUCUGAUUGAAGUCAUAAAGUAUGAUGUGUGUACGGACAAAUGUAGAACAAACAAUGCUGCCGUCCUUUGUCCACGUACCUCACUGCUACUGUCCCAUCUUUAUACAAAAACUCUACGAACUACUGAUCUACCAGUUCUCAAACUUCAAAUGAUUUAUUCUGUUAAGCAGAUCCCUUUAACAGGGGCGUACCUAGAGCCCACCAGGGGGGAACCUGUGCUUGGCACCCCCUUGCCCCCCCUCCCCCCCCCCAAAAAAAUAAAACGGUAAAAAAUGUUAAAGGUUUUCUUUCUUUUUUUUUUACAAUUUGUAAACUUUGCAAAACCGCUGUCAGACUCUCCUACAAAACCCUUGUCCUGCCCCGCCCCUCCUACAAAACCUCUGUCCUGCCCCUUCUACAAAUCCUGUACUGCCCCGUCUACAAAACCCCCGCAACCCCCUUCCACAAAUCCCCUGCUUAUCCCCCCUUAUAAAGACUCCUGUCCCAAUACAAAACCCCGCCCCCUUCUACAAAAUCCCUGCAGCCCCACACACACAUUUACAGGCAGACAGUCACACACUCAGUUACAGACAGACAGUCACACACUCAGUUACAGACAGACAGUCACACACUCAGUUACAGGCAGACAGUCACACACUCAGUUACAGACAGACAGUCACACACUCAGUUACAGGCAGACAGUCACAUGCACACAGUCACAGACAGUCAGACAGUCACACACGGUUACAUGCAACAUCAAACAGUCACAGGCAGACAGUCACACAUACACUUUUCCUCCGUGCGGCCAGUUUAUCAGCUGUUUGCUUGUGUGAGCUGUACUGGCCGCACGGCACCCUAACUACCAUGGGACACUGUGCGGCAACAGCUCACACAGCCCCUUCCAGCCAGGGCCGGUGCAAGGAUUUUUGCUGCCCUAGGCAAAAGUAAAGUUGGCCGCCCCCCCAAUGUGACAUCACAAUGCCCCACCCAUAUGAUCUGCCAUGUUAACUAACGCCAGUGCUGCAGUGCCGCCGUGUUUACAUUAAAAGGCCUGCAGGGACAGGCUAUAGACACCAGAACCACUACAUUAAGCUGAAGUGGUUCUGGGGACUAUAGUGUUUCUUUAAUGUGAGGUAAAUUAGAGCUUAGUGCCACGAAUAAUAUACUAGAUUGCCUACUUACAACCAGAUGAGGAUGAUGAUGGGCUCUAGCUGCAGUCUGGCUCCACUAGUCUGGUGUAGAACAGGCUCUCUGGAGGCGGUUUGUAACUGUGGUCACAAAAAUCAAUGUUCUGGGAGAACAGGAAGCAGCUCCAUUUUUUGGGGGUCCUUUACACAGCUCAAGGUCUGGGUCCCAGGGUCCAUCUUCAUGUUCCACCAAUGAGUUUGUUCACAGGGGGUGGAGUGUGUAGGGGAUGUCCUGAUAUGUGUGUAAGGAAUGCAUUGUGUGAAAUUGUGUUUGUAUGUGUAAGGGCUGCAAGGUGUGUUUCUGUGUAUGUAUGGGAUGCAUUGAAUGUGUGUAAGAGGUGCAUUGAGUGUGUGUAAUGAAUGCAUUGUGUGUUUCUGUGUGUGUAAGGGAUGCAUUGUGUGUAACGGUUGCAUUGCUUGUGUAUGUGUGUCUGUGUGUGUAAUGCAUUGUGUGUGUAAUGCAUUGUGUGUUUUUCUGUGUGCAAGUGGUGCAUUGUGUGUGAUGAAUGUCAAUCUUUCCCCCCCUUCAAUUUCCUUCUCUCCCCCCCUCCAAUUUCCUUCUCUCCCCCCCCUCCAAUUUCCUUCUCCCCCUCCCAAUUUCUUUCUUUCCCCCCUCCCAAUUUCUUUCUUUCCCCUCUUCCCAAUUUAUUUCCCCCCUCCCAAUUUCUUUCUUUAUCCCCCCAAUCUUUCUUUAUCCCCCUCCCAAUGUCUUUCUUUAUCCCCCAAUCUUUCUUUAUCCCCCCUCCCAAUUUCCUUUCGGCGUUACUUAAUUUACUGAUCUCUUUUUUGUAUGUAUGUUUCAUUUCUAAUCUUUCUUUCCUCCACCCCCCCUCCCGUUUCUUUCUUUAUCCCCCAAUCUUUCUUUAUCCCCCUCUCAAUUUCUUUUCUUUAUCUCAGCUCCCAAUUUCUUUCUUUAUUCCCGAUUUCUUUAUAUCCCCCUUCCAGUUUCUUUAUCCCCCCCCUACCACUGUUGUAGCAUGGCCGAGCCCUCUAUGGUCCGCGGGUACAGGGAGCUUUUGUUUCUAAAAGUGUGCACUUCCUGUUAGUCCGGCCGGGUACAGGAGACAGAUGCUCCCUGUACCCACGGACCAUACAGGGCUCGGCCACGCUACAGUGAGGGAAUGACAGGAGGGAGCGUUGAGUGCUUCCCUCCUGUCAGCCCCUCUCCUCAUGCUGCGCCCAGGCAGAGCGCUCGGGCGGCUGCAGCAUGAGGGUCAUGGCACCCCCCACCCUGGUGGCACGCAGGGCAGACCGCCCCCUCCUUAGUACGCCACUGCCCUUUAAAACCAUGCAGCUCAAACAAAUUCAGCUUUACCCGUACCUCUCCUCUCUGCCCCCUGACCUCCAAAAUGUCACGUAUUCAUUCGCUUAUAAAAAUGUGGUUAAUGGCAUUUACUGUCCACACAUGAAAAGUUGUGCCGAGCAGCAAUCAAAUCCACAGUAGGGUUAAUGCUGAGCAGCAAUUAUGCAAAUGUGAACCUGGUAACUGCCUUUGGGGUCAAAGGCCGGUUACAGCCUAUCAGAACUAGAGGAGGGGUAUUUAGGCCCAGUUCUCAUCCUGCUCAGUGCCCUGUCGUGGUUUCCCUUGUGGUUGUCCGAGAGCGCGUUAUUGAUUUUGGUUAUUUGACAUUGUUUUUGACUUCCCUGUUUUCUGGCAUCCCUGACUCCUGGCUUUUCCUUAUCGUUGUGUCUCUUUCUGUAUCCCUUGACCUCGGCUAUUCCUGACUAUUCUUUGGUCCGUUAUACGUUACGUAUCAGUCCUCUGUGUUACACAAUUCUAAGUGCUGGAUCAUUCUGUAAUCCUGACACAAAAUACAUAUCCCACAAACGUCUCCAUGGACUCCUUCUUACAUUCACACAUUCUUACUCCUAGCCCCCUACUAGAACAAAUUUCAACUUCUAUCCAAUCAGCCAACUUCCUCAGUACUUUUCAGAAACUGCUGAAAAAACAACCUUUUUACAAAUACUUUCUUUAAAACCCCUUUGAUUAAAAUUGAUUUUUGACCUCACCUGGCCUCUUCUUGCCCAUCUCCCUUAAUUCUAAUCAUCUGAGCCCCCAUUAUCCCUCCCCCUUUAUUGUUUAUCUUCCAUCAGUGUUUCCAUCACCCUGACCUCAGCUUGUCCUCUCCCCAGUUACCUCUAUUGACCCAGUUCAGUUCCAUGUGAUUGCAAUGUUUCAUGUGUUCUUUGAUAAUUGUAUAAUUAAUGUGAAUGUGUGUAUUGCUACAGGGUAAAAUGACUGUUUACCUUUUGUUAGCAAAGUAGUCCAGACACUCAAGGUCUUCAUACAUCAGCAGAUUUAUUGGAACAAUGUGACAGAUACGGCAACUUUUCAUCAAGCUUGAAGGGAUCGAAAUGUUGCUGUGUCUGUCAUGUUGUUCCAAUGUAUGAAAACAAUGAGUGCUGGACUACUUUGCUGUUACUAUAUGGAUUAGGGGCUUGCCAGCACUAGGUACAGUGCACCGAGGUCUACAGGUGAUGAGAGUGCAGAUCCCUCCUUUUUGUUGUUUACCUUUUGAGUCAUUAUGCACCACUUCCCUUAGUUGUUAGUCCACUUAUUGUACUUUGCUUUGGAAUAUUUUGACACUUUAUAAAUAAUUUUAAUAAAAGUAUAGAAAAUUUUAAAUAAAUAGAUGUUUUUGGAGCUUAUUAGCCAUGAUGUCCACUAGGUGGUGCUGAUAAUGCACGGUUUAAAAUUACACCUACUUAUUCCUGUGAAGUCUUGCCAAAGAGACUAUUACAUCACUGUCAGAGUAACCGUACACGCAGAGUACCAUCACUGCCAGAGUACCAUCACUGCCAGAGUACCAUCACUGCCAGAGUACCAUCACUGCCAGAGUAACAGCACACGCAGAGUACCAUCACUGCCAGAGUACCAUCACUGCCAGAGUACCAUCACUGGCAGAGUAACAUCACUGGCAGAGUACCAUCACUGCCAGAGUACCAUCGCUGCCAGAGUACCAUCACUGCCAGAGUACCAUCACUGCCAGAGUAACCGUACACGCAGAGUACCAUCACUGCCAGAGUACCAUCACUGCCAGAGUAACAUCACUGUCAGAGUACCAUCACUGCCAGAGUACCAUCACUGCCAGAGUACCAACACUGCCAGAGUAACCGCACACGCAGAGUACCAUCACUGCCAGAGUACCAUCACUGCCAGAGUACCAACACUGCCAGAGUACCAUCACUGCCAGAGUACCAACACUGUCAGAGUAACAUCACUGUCAGAGUACCAUCACUGCCAGAGUACCAACACUGGCAGAGUAAAAGUACACGCAGAGUACCAUCACUGCCAGAGUACCAUCACUGCCAGAGUACCAUCACUGGCAGAGUAACAGUACACGCAGAGUACCAUCACUGCCACAGUACCAACACUGCCAGAGUACCAACACUGGCAGAGUAAAAGUACACGCAGAGUACCAUCACUGCCAGAGUACCAUCACUGCCAGAGUACCAACACUGGCAGAGUAAAAGUACACGCAGAGUACCAUCACUGCCAGAGUACCAUCACUGCCAGAGUACCAACACUGCCAGAGUACCAUCACUAUCAGAGUAACAUCACUGUCAGAGUAACUGUACACGCAGAGUACCAUCACUGCCAGAGUACCAUCACUGCCAGAGUAACCGUACACGCAGAGUACCAUCACUGCCAGAGUACCAUCACUGCCAGAGUACCAUCACUGUCAGAGUAACAUCACUGUCAGAGUAACCGUACACGCAGAGUACCAUCACUGCCAGAGUACCAUCACUGCCAGAGUACCAUCACUGCCAGAGUACCAUCACUGCCAGAGUAACAGUACACGCAGAGUACCAUCACUGCCAGAGUACCAUCACUGUCAGAGUAACAGUACACGCAGAGUACCAUCACUGCCAGAGUACCAUCACUGCCAGAGUACCAUCACUGGCAGAGUAACAUCACUGGCAGAGUACCAUCACUGCCAGAGUACCAUCACUGCCAGAGUACCAUCACUGCCAGAGUACCAUCACUGCCAGAGUAACCGUACACGCAGAGUACCAUCACUGCCAGAGUACCAUCACUGCCAGAGUAACAUCACUGUCAGAGUACCAUCACUGCCAGAGUACCAUCACUGCCAGAGUACCAACACUGCCAGAGUAACCGUACACGCAGAGUACCAUCACUGCCAGAGUACCAUCACUGCCAGAGUACCAACACUGCCAGAGUACCAUCACUGCCAGAGUACCAACACUGCCAGAGUAACAUCACUGUCAGAGUACCAUCACUGCCAGAGUACCAACACUGGCAGAGUAAAAGUACACGCAGAGUACCAUCACUGCCAGAGUACCAUCACUGCCAGAGUACCAUCACUGGCAGAGUAACAGUACACGCAGAGUACCAUCACUGCCAGAGUACCAACACUGCCAGAGUACCAACACUGGCAGAGUAAAAGUACACGCAGAGUACCAUCACUGCCAGAGUACCAUCACUGCCAGAGUACCAUCACUGCCAGAGUACCAACACUGUCAGAGUAACAUCACUGGCAGAGUACCAUCACUGCCAGAGUACCAUCACUGCCAGAGUACCAACACUGGCAGAGUAAAAGUACACGCAGAGUACCAUCACUGCCAGAGUACCAUCACUGCCAGAGUACCAACACUGCCAGAGUACCAUCACUAUCAGAGUAACAUCACUGUCAGAGUAACUGUACACGCAGAGUACCAUCACUGCCAGAGUACCAUCACUGCCAGAGUAACCGUACACGCAGAGUACCAUCACUGCCAGAGUACCAUCACUGCCAGAGUACCAUCACUGUCAGAGUAACAUCACUGUCAGAGUAACCGUACACGCAGAGUACCAUCACUGCCAGAGUACCAUCACUGCCAGAGUACCAUCACUGCCAGAGUAACCGUACACGCAGAGUACCAUCACUGUCAGAGUAACAUCACUGUCAGAGUAACCGUACACGCAGAGUACCAUCACUGCCAGAGUACCAUCACUGCCAGAGUACUAUCACUGGCAGAGUAACAGUACAGUCAGAGUAACAUCACUGUCAGAGUAACAGCACUGUCAGAGUAACAAUACAGUACUGUCAGAGUAACAUCACUGUCAGAGUAACAUCACUGGCAGAGUAACAGUAUACGCAGAGUACCAUCACUGCCAGAGUACCAUCACUGCCAGAGUACCAUCACUGCCAGAGUAACAGUACACGCAGAGUACCAUCACUGCCAGAGUACCAUCACUGCCAGAGUACCAACACUGGUAGAGUAAAAGUACAGUCAGAGUAACAUCACCGUCAGAGUAACAGCACUGUCAGAGUAACAGUACAGUACUGUCAGAGUAACAUCACUGGCAGAGUAACAGUACACGCAGAGUACCAUCACUGGCAGAGUACCAUCACUGCCAGAGUACCAUCACUGCCAGAGUAAAAGUACACGCAGAGUACCAUCACUGCCAGAGUACCAACACUGCCAGAGUACCAUCACUGCCAGAGUACUAUCACUGUCAGAGUAACCGUACACGCAGAGUACCAUCACUGCCAGAGUACCAUCACUGCCAGAGUAACCAUACACGCAGAGUACCAUCACUGCCAGAGUACCAUCACUGCCAGAGUACCAUCACUGUCAGAGUAACAUCACUGUCAGAGUAACCGUACACGCAGAGUACCAUCACUGCCAGAGUACCAUCACUGCCAGAGUAACCGUACACGCAGAGUACCAUCACUGCCAGAGUACCAUCACUGCCAGAGUAACAGUACAGUCAGAGUACCAUCACUGCCAGAGUACCAUCACUGCCAGAGUAACAGUACACGCAGAGUACCAUCACUGCCAGAGUACCAUCACUGCCAGAGUACCAUCACUGCCAGAGUACUAUCACUGGCAGAGUAACAGUACAGUCAGAGUAACAUCACCGUCAGAGUAACAGCACUGUCAGAGUAACAGUACAGUACUGUCAGAGUAACAUCACUGUCAGAGUAACAUCACUGGCAGAGUAACAGUACACGCAGAGUACCAUCAAUGCCAGAGUACCAUCACUGCCAGAGUAACAGUACACGCAGAGUACCAUCACUGCCAGAGUACCAUCACUGCCAGAGUACCAUCACUGGCAGAGUACCAUCACUGGCAGAGUAACAUCACUGGCAGAGUACCAUCACUGCCAGAGUAACAGCACUGUCAGAGUAACAGUACAGUACUGUCAGAGUAACAUCACUGUCAGAGUAACAUCACUGGCAGAGUAACAGUACAGUACUGUCAGAGUAACAUCACUGGCAGAGUACCAUCACUGGCAGAGUAACAGUACAGUCAGAGUAACAACACCGUCAGAGUAACAUCACCGUCAGAGUAACAGCACUGUCAGAGUAACAGUACAGUACUGUCAGAGUAACAUCACUGGCAGAGUAACAUCACUGGCAGAGUAACAGUACACGCAGAGUACCAUCACUGGCAGAGUAACAUCACCAUCAAAGUAACAUCACCAUCAGAGUAACAGUACAGUACUGUCAGAGUAACAUCACUGGCAGAGUGACAUCACUGGCAGAGUAAUGGUACUAAUGGAGUAACGGCACUGGCAGAGUAAUGGCGCUAAUGGAGUAACAGCACUGGCAGAGUAAUGGCACUAAUGGAGUAACUGCACUGGCAGGCUAGUGAAGAAGGGAAGCAGGACUUCUAUAUUAAUUGGCGAGGUGAUAGAUAGACAGAAAUAUAGGAAGAUUGAUUAAUUGAUUGAUAUGGAUAAAUUGACCAAUAGAUUAGAUGAUCAAUGAAUCAGUGAUACAGUUGUGAGCAGAGUAUAAAUCUAGAUCAGUGUAGCAGUGUAGAUGACAGAAUUACUGAUCUCAUUUGUAUGUAUGUUUCAUUAGCCCAACAUUUUUGUGUCUCUGUACCAGACAGUGUAAUCCAGAGAGUGAAACACAACUUUAACUUUGCUGCCAGUCCUCCUGCUCCCCUCGAAUCAUGUCCCCCUCCAGUCUGCGUGAAACUAGACGAUAUAGAAGAGGUUAAUAACAUCGCCAAUGGAUACCCGGCCUGCUCUGACCUGUCAGGUAGGAUAUAUACUGUGCGCUGAUUAUUACACAUUGUCAUAGGUGCCUGAAAUGUCACUUAUCAAGAUCUAGAUUGGACGGUUCUCACAUAGUCGAUAUAAAACGUACACUUUAGAGUUUAGUGUCUAAGCCCACAAUUUAUAAGAAUUCACCAGGGAAUUAGAAUUUUUAAGAACUUUUAGGUAAAAAAAAAAUAGGAAAAUGGUUGGAUUGGAAAAUAAAUGAUCUGGAUAGUUUUUCUAGUUUGGAUAUUUUUGCCCAACAUUUGGAAUCUUGCUGAAUCCUACACAAUUCACAGGUAAGCCAGUAAAGUGGGGAGCUGGAUGAGACGGUGGAAGGGGCGACAUGUGACCAUCCGGCACAGCUUGUAAUAGAUUGAUGAAGUGUUGUUAAUAGACGUGCAAUGUGUUCAGCUAGUUUUUUGUUUUCUUUUUCCUUUUUUCCUGCUUUGUCAGACUUUUUCUAGGAGUUCAAAACUUUAUUGUAAUUAUAAACAUUCAGAAAAUUAAGCCCUGCCCUGAAACUCCCACUUCUCCUGGGUGGCAGCAAUGACUACAGUCUAUAGGUGAAUUGUUAGUGUAGGACUCACCAUGACAUGGCAGGUGAGCUUACACUUUAGUGGCCAUUGGAGUGACACUAAAAACCUCCAGUUAUUUCAUUGUGCAGACGGAUAUGGGAUAGUGCGCAGGUAACGUUUUUCUUUGGCUUUUUCUAAUUAUGCAUGAACUUUAGUGGCUGUUACCAUAUGUAUCCUAAUAAAUGAUCACUUUUCGCUGAGUUUUCUCACUUUUUUUGGAUACCAGAUGAGUGCGGUGAAAGUCUUUGUUACAAAAGAUUUGCCAUUGAAAGCCAUGUAUUUCAGCUGACACAUAAGAUCAUUAUUGCAGAGUUAUCACACGGAGAAGAGACCUCUUUCUGAAGGUGUCUUUCCAUUAUAAUAGGAUAUUAGGAUUCAUCUUCUCUUUCUAUAAAUACUAAAACACUUGUUUCAUACAUCAGACUUGCAGGCCUCUAGUAACCAUCCCAUUAGUUACAUUGCAGCUGUGUGAUGUUACAAUGUGAACGUGCCCAGCACACCCAGGCGAUGCACAUUGACCAGAAAGUCACUUUCAUCAGAAUUCCUUUUAAUUGUACGAAGGUCUUUAUAGCCGACUGACGCCAGUAACCAGCAUUGGACUCCUCUCGCUAACUCUGAACAUCAUGUGCAGCGCUCUGAGCCUCAUCCGUGGAGCCCAUCUGGCUGAGCAUUCGUUUCAGGUAAGUGGGACUAUUGUAGGUAUUUGGUGUAUUUAGUUGAUGGGGCAGGAUGUACAUGCACCUUAUGCCCACUCUGAGUCUGUUGAGUUUCCUGCUGUAUUUACCAUUAAGGCUGUUUCAUGUUUCUACCAAGUUUUGAGUAAAAUUUUGUGAAAUCUAGUCCUUAAAUCUAAAUUUCAAACAAUCAGUACUGUCUGUUAACAGGGAAACUGUCACCAAUUAAUCAGACAUGAUUGACGUGUGUGUGAUGGCUGCGCAAUGUGUAACGUGUGGUAUAUUCUGUGCACACCAUCAUGUUUUUAUUGAAACCGCUUAUACAUUUUGCAGAGUUAGAAAAUAUAUAUCGGCUUGGUACCUGAUGUGUCUGAAAAGCUGUUUGCUUUUGUUUAUAUUAUGAUUAGAGAUGUCGCGAACUGUCCGCCGAACUGUUCGCGAACUGUCCGCCAGCGAACAAUAGCGUGUUCGCGUUGGGCGAACAUAUCCGAUUUCCGGUCCGCCCCCUAUACGUCAUCAUUGCGUAAACUUUGACCCGGAACCUCACAGUCAGCAGACACUUCCUGGGAGGGAGGGUCUGCUGCUGAUUGGGUGGAAUGUGUCUGCUGGCUGUGAGGUUCCGGGUCAAAGUUUACUCAAUGAUGACGUAUAGAGAGCGGACCGGAAAUCGGAUAUGUUCGCCCAACGCGAACACGCUAUUGCUCGCCGGCGGACAGUUCGCGAACAGUUCGGCGGACAGUUCGCGACAUCUCUAAUUAUGAUCAUUAAAGACUUCUACAACAGAGCAAAAAUACAGUUUGCUAGAGGUUUUAAAACUGAAGACACAACGCCUUACAUCAAACUUAAAGUUAUCAAAUGAACAAGGUAUAUUAAAGAGCUUUCAAGUCAGUCGUUUGACACAUUGAUAUAUUCAUUUGCGAAAAAGUGGACAUAUUUAUACCGAUAUAGGCCUAGAUGUAAUAUUUUUAGAUAAACUCUUAAAAUGAUUAGAUUUUUUCAAAAUAUUAGCAUACAAAAAAGAUUUCCCACAUAUUAAAAAACAAAUAUAUGUAUAAAAAAUAUUAAACCAUUUUUUAAAAUAUACAAUUAUUUUAAAAGGUUAUCCGAACAUAUAAAAUCUAUUUUAUUUUAAAUCGAAGCUGUUCAUUUUUACUUCCUAUCAAAACAUGAACAACUCUUUAUUUCUGUGUUUUUUUUUGUUUAUGAAACAUUUUUAUUUUAAUUUUGUACAGUUUUUCAGAUAGUUUAUUCUAGAGUCAAUGCCGAUUUUCACAAAUCUCUGGAUUUAAUGAUUUAAGGAAAGGAAAAAGUGUCUUUUAUAAGAAAUGAAAGAAUGAUAGGAAAAUGGAGCAUGCAGAGAAAAGAGGAAUGGGUAAUGAAUUUAGGUAAAAGAAUGGGGCAAAUUCAGGGAGACGAACAAUCUUGCAAACUAACAAAAUUUACCAGUCAUGGGUACCACAAUAUCCCAAAACCUGCGAUGGUGACAAGGAGCUUCUCGGCAUUGACUUUAAAGAGCACUAUAGGGUUAAAACCACUAUCUAGCCCCCCUGGUCCCCUAUUGCUUCUCUAAAUAUAGUAAAAUCUUACUUGUAUUCAAGUCUGCAGCUCCUGGCUCUGCCCCUGUUUGCCUGUGAACUGCCUGUGUCUGCUGACAUCAUCAGAAAUGGUUAUCUGAGCCAGUCACAAUGCUUCCCCAUAGGAUUGGCUGAGACUGAACGAGGCAGAUCAGGGGCAGAGCCAACACAAGCCAAACACAGCCCUGGCCAAUCAGAAUCUCCUCAUAGAGAUGAAUUGAAACAAUGCAUCUCUAUGAGUAAAGUUCAGUGUCUGCAUGCAGAGGGUGGAGACACUGAAUGGCAGUCACACUGUGCAGCACUGCCCCAAUAAGCACCUCUAGCAGCCAUCUGAAGAGUGGUCAGUGGAGGUAUCACUAGGCUGUAAUGUCAUCACUGCCUUCUCUCUGAAAAGACAGUUUUUACAGCAAAAAGCCUGUCAGGAAUGAUGCUACUCACCAGAACAAAUACAAUAAGCUGUAGUUGUUCUGGUGACUAUAGUGUCCCUUUAAAAGUCAAGAAUCAUUAGUUAUCUUUACAGUUUGAUAAACUGCCUUCAACAGAACCGUAUAAGUUUUAAAAUAGUGACUUUUUUUUUACCAGGGCAAACAGAGCUUGCAAUAGUAUUUAUUCAUUAAUUGUGGAAUCAUAGUCAAUCGAAUUAUAGUAUUAAAAUAUCUUAGCUGUGACUAAAACAAAAUUGAAGAAUAAAAAAAAAAUAAAAAAAAAUAAAGCCAUUUCCAGCCAUUGGAAGACUGGAACAGUAACUAAUAAGACAUUUAUAACACAUUUCAUAAUAUCUCUGCACAUAUGAUAAAUUUGAAGAUUUCUGAAUUUCUGUUAUUUAAUAUAAAAUGAUUUAAUUAAGAAAGUUACAGUUAGCAUUUAAAGUGAAUUUCAAAUUUAAGGUAAAAAGAGCCAACAUGAAAAAAAUAAAUCCCAAGUCACCUAUGCUUUCAUUUAAUUUAUGCUGGGCUUAAUUUUAAAAUUCACUUUGCAUUCUGACCUUAGUGAAUAACCUAGACUGUUUAUCCUCACACAAGGAUACUUCGGGAUUCUCUGAUGUCAUCAAUCAAUCAUAACCUGACAUUUCCUGAUAGCCCGACUAUCUUCCAGAAUUCUGUCAACUGGGGAGAGGAUAUGGAAUGCACCCAUUGCAACUAAGUAACCGUUACAGACCGUAUUAAUCAGAAAUAUGUUUUCAGUCUUAAAGGACCACUAUAGUGCCAGGAAAACAUACUCGUUUUCCUGGCACUAUAGUGCCCUGAGGGUGCCCCCACCCUCAGGGUCCCCCUCCCGCCCGGCUCUGGAAAGGGCAAAGGGGUAAAAACUUACCUUUUUCCAGCGCUGGGCGGGGAGCUCUCCUCUUCCGAUCCUCCCCCUCUCCGCCCAUUCGGCUGAAUGCGCACGCACGGCAAGAGCUGCGCACGCAUUCAGCCGGUCGCAUAGGAAAGCAUUUACAAUGCUUUCCUAUGGACGCUGGGGUGCUCUCACUGUGAUUUUCACAGUGAGAAGCACGCAAGCGCCUCUAGAGGCUGUCAAUGAGACAGCCGCUAGAGGCUUUGGAGGAAGGAUUAACCCAUUUAUUAAAAAAAGGGUUAACCCUAGCUGGACCUGGCACCCAGACCACUUCAUUAAGCUGAAGUGGUCUGGGUGCCUAGAGUGGUCCUUUAAUAUUAAAAAAAUAAAUAAAUCACAAUGCAGACUUUAAAUAUAUCAACAUAUCGUUUUUUAUAUAUAUUUUUUCCACUGUCAUUGUAACAAUAAUUAUUAGUGAAACCUGCAUCGUUAAUGAGUUAUUGAUGUUUCUUGUGUUGUUAUUCUUUUUUUUCGUUAAAGAAUGGCUACGAAGACGCAGGGAGAAUCGCAGCGUUUUGUACAGCGUUUUGUGCAAACAUAUUUCAGGUGGGCUUUUAUCUUUCCAUGUUAUGCUAUUUCUACGGUUUGAAUAAAUUACUUUGAUAAUUUGAUGAAUUUCCCGUUACAUGUGAAAUAUCCAAUUUUAACUUCACAGGGAGAAGAAAAUGACAGUAACUAUGAAUAAAUUUUCCAUUUUAAUUAAAAGAAAGGAUUAGAGGAAUCUAGUCACCGAAACACACAUUUAGGAAAUAAAUCCUCCAUUUGUUUCUUACAGGGUUAAUUACUAAAGUGUGAAUUCUAAGAUACUUUCAAAUUUCAGGCAAGAUUAGCUAAACUAAAGGCAGAGCUUACUUAGAGCAUUUUUUUCGUUUAGCUAUUUUGACCUUAAAUUUGACUUUUCAUUUACUUCAUAUUCUCACUGUAGUAAGUAACCCUGCGAAUGCUUUUUUUGGAUUGGGCCCCAUGAGUAUUAUUUGCAGCAAGUUAAAGGGGGAAAGAUUUCUUCAAAUGUAGUUAUUUGUUAUACACUGACAUAAUAGUGAGUAAAAAUAAUCAGCGCAAUGAAAAGGCACACCUGGAAAAGUACUCAAUUGAAAAAAGAUAAGAUGUAACAUUGACUGAACAGUAAAUUGAAUGUAAUAAUUAAGAAAUAAACACACAUUGUUGCAUAUAACUACAAACACAAAUUAAGAUCCUAUGAAAAAGCUUGUUGUAAUCACAUAUUGGAAACCACUGUAACGGGAAAAAAGACAACAUCUAUAGAUUACAAAUAUAACAAUUGUCAAAUGAAAUAGACUCAUUUAUUGUAAACUGCAACAAGUGGAUAUGCAAUUUAUUGGUUUAGUCUUAAUUGAUUAAAAGUACAAUAAGUAUUCAUUAUUGUGUGUGUAUGUGUAUAUAUAUAAAACGACCCUACAAGCAACAUAACUUUUUAUGGAAUUUUUAAAAUGUAAUUAAAAAAAGAAAAAAAUGAUUAGGUACAUCAAACUCGCUAUUGUGGCCAGAGGGUCAAUGAGUAUGUAACUUGAAAUCCAUUUACCCUCACAUAGUCCAAUUUGGUCCUACAAUUCCCAUCCCUGUAUGGUUUGACAAUUUGUCAAUACCUUGUACAGAGAGCUGCGAGGCAUCUGAAUUAUUACACGUAAAAAAAUGAUAUGCUAUCUGGGUAUUAACAUAAUUCUUUUGAUGACUUUAAUAUGUUCCUAUAUUCUGUUUGUUAGUGGUCUCAUAGUUUGACCAACAUAUUGGCUGGAACAAGACUGGCAUGUUAAUAAAUACAGUUGCAAGAAAACGUAUGUGAACCCUUUGAACAUGGUGUGUUCAAUAAAAACAUGGCAACAUUUCAUUCUUUGUGUGUUAUUAGUUUAAGCAGACUGUGAUUGUCUAUUGUUGUGACUUAGAUGAUGAUCAGAUCACAUUUUAUGACCAAUUUGUGCAGAAAUCCAUAUCAUUCCAAAGGGUUCACAUACUUUUUCUUGCAACUGUAGAUGACAAAAGAGAUCCUGCAAUUAAUGUACUGCCUCAUUUCAAAGUUCCUUUUGGUUAACGAACAAAUUACUCUUCUAACUGGCCCUUAAAAGGGCACUCCAGACCCAUAAAGUUCUUUAGUUUGUUGCAGUACUCUAUCUGUGAUUGGACAAACACAGCAAAUCUGGGCGGGGUUAGAACAGGAGGGCUUGCAAAGGCAGCAGACAAAAGAUGUGCUGUUUUUGAAAGCUGUUUUUAGAUACACCUGGAUUGGGAAAAUGCAGAAUUAAAUGCUUGCUUGUUUUAAUUGGGCUAUGUCUACUAAAAAGUGAUUUCUUAAAAAAUUUGGUCAGUAGAGUGUCCCUUUAAUUGCCGCCUGUCUUCUUUUAAUUUUUUCACUUAACUAUUCCCCCUGUCCUUACCCCCUUGUUAAUUUACUACGUUACCCUUUCUCGCUCCCCUUCGUCAAGCCUUGUUUUAUAUCCUCUUCCCUUCAUUUAGUGCGCUGUGAUUGGUUACAUGUUUUUGCUUAUCACAGUUAAUUAUUGGAAACAUUGUUCUAGAUUCUACGUUACACUUAUUUUACACUUAUUUUGAUUUCCAUCUGACGCAUUGUUUUAUAUUUAUUGAUGGAAUUUAUCUUUGCUGUUAAGUAUGUGGACAUUUCUUUUUAUAAUUAAUGGAAAUUUACUAUGACUUUCUAUUUUGUACGUUUUUCGUACUACACAUCCUUACUAUGUUUCUUAUGUUGACACUUUGAAAGUCAUUUUCUUUAUAAUUGAUUGAUCAAUAAACAUUGAACGGUAAAUAAAUAAAGGGACAGUCUAAGCACCAUAACCACUACGUUAACAGUACCUCGUGUCAGAAUCAACUGAUUUUGAACAAUUUAAUCCUUAUCUGAGUACCCUGGAUGUCUUCUGUCCAUCAUCUCCACUCCUGCAUUACCGAUAUUCAUUUCUCCCCUAUUUGGAUAGACUUUAUCGAUGCUUUCAGUGUAUAAAAUUGGUCCAAACAGCUACCGCUUCACUUAUGGUCAAAGAGGUAGCCAAACCAAAACCACCAGGGCACCCAGGUAUAUGUAAGACUGUUCAAAAACAGUUUGACUCUUACUUCAGGGAUGGCGCCAGGGGGAUUUAUCAUGCUGUAGUGGUUAAGGUGCUCACGCUGCCCCUUUAAGCAUUACUACUCCUUUAAACAGAAGGAAGAAAGAACCUGUAUUGCAAUAGAAUUCGUUAGGUUGUAAAUGGAAGUACUGAUGGAGAGUAUAUAGUGAAAUAGCUAACCCUAUCUCAUCUUCCACAGUGUCACUUGUAUUUCUUUCACUGCUCUGCGCGAACGCGAAAGACCUGUGGACUGCUGGCUGUCAUUUGCUUCUGCAACAUUUAUUUAUACGGAGAGCGCAACGUGUGGUUGAUUCUCUUCCAUAUCGGGGUCGCUGUACUUUUUACCCUACAAAUUUUGAUGAGGAAACCUGUAGACAGACCCAGGACAUUUGGGAAGUGAAGUAAACGAUUACGUAAUUUGGAGGUGGGGGCGGGACCGCAUUAAAUGUUGGAGGAAGUUUGAAGAAGAAGAAACACGUUUUCUCCACCCAGUAAAUAAACUAUAUAGGCGGGACCUUUAAUGCACUUAUUGACAGAGUAACAUGUUGCUGAGCAAUUUGUUACUUGCCUUCUGGCGCACAAAGUGUUAACACUUCUUUUCUACGUUAGCUAAUUUUUUAGGCAUUGAGACUCCGAGACUUCCUCCGAUUCUAUAUAGCGUGUAAUUAUAUCAUGCCAUAUAAUGAGUGUUUAUUAUAAUUUUUUUUGUGCAGUAAUAUGUGUAAAUGCAGAGGAGAAUACAGUUAUUUUGGUGGCAAACCAACGCAUUAUUUAUAUAGAGCAAUUUCUAGUGCAAAGAUUUAAAGGACAACGGUCAUAUCAAAACUAGUUUUACUACAAUAAUCUUUUCGUCAAGUUUCGAAAAGAAAGAAUUACUAUUAUUUUUUUAAAUGAAGUAUAUGUAAAAAAAAAAGAGAAAAACUAAUGACAGGAUCCUUCAGCCAUAUACAUACACCUUGGGUCAAACAGUGUUUGAACACUGACAGUUAGUCUCUAUGGUCUUCCUUGUUUCUGUGCAGAGAGUGAAGCAGGGAAGACCAUAGAGACUAACUGUCAGCCAAGGUGUAUGUAUAUGGCUGAAGGAUCCUGUCGGAUCCUGUCGUAUAGAAAAGGUAAGGAUGAGUUUUUAUCAUUUUUUCUUUUAACAUAUACUUAGUUUAAAAAAUAUAUUCCUUUCAAAACUUGACGAAAGGAUUACUGUGCUAAAAAUAAUUUUGAAGUGACAGUUGUCCCUUUAACAGCGAAGCAAUUGCCAUGGAAACCAGUAAAAUGCACUAAAAUAAUUGUCCUUUGUUUACAAAUCAUCAGCCGCAACAAUAAAACCAUCACGUAGGUCCCCCUCGUGCUGCUAAAACACCUCUUACGUGUCCAGGCUUGGACCCCACAAGACCUCUGAACGUGUCCCGUGGUAUCUGUCACCAAGACAUUAGCAGCAGAUCCUUCAAGGCCUGCAAGUUGCGAGGUGGGGCCUCCGUGGAUGCAGAUAUUUUAUGCCUGUUCAUGCCUUUGAAAAGCAUUCAUAUCCCGUAAGCUUUUGUUUGAAUAGGUAAGAGUAUAAUUUGUUUUAAUUGGCUUAAUCAGUUUUCUCAGCGAGCAGGACAGGGCACCAAUAAAAUGCACCCACACUUCCAAAAUGUGCCAAAUACCUGCGGAAUUACUAAAUAUAAUGUAUUCAACUACCAAAACUGCAUUAAUACAAAUAUCAUUUAUCACUCCCAGCACAUAGCACUAGCAGAAUGAAAAGAAACGGUUAAUUUUCUAAUUUAUUUUGGAUGAUACUUACUGCAAUUUGUCAUUUGCUGUCACAUGCUUGUUGUCUCCAUUUGGCUGCAAAGUCCUUGUUUGGUUUCCUGAGAUCAAAGGAAGUAUUGCUGCUCUGGAUAUAACACAAUUGAAUAAAACAUUUAAAAUCACCUCCAACUUGUGUUAACUCUUUUUUUUUUUUUCAGUCCAAUCACAUCACUUUGAGCGAGAUUUAUCAAAGUGUCUGUGUAUAAUCUUCUCUGCUCUUUCCUGGGAAAUGAUUGUGGAGGAGCAAAGAUCUGUCAGAAUAUCUAAAUGAGAAAGGUGACACUUUUCAGACUACUUCUAAAACAUUUUAACACAUUGCAACAGAUUAUCGAACCCCUUCAAAAAGACAGCUUUCAGAAUACUUUGAUAAAUCUCCCCCAUUUUUCUUAACUCACCUCUCCCGCAUAAUGUGUUCAGUGACAGAAAAAAACAGAACUUAUAGCAAUGACUGUCAGCAAGCAAGGUUACAGGCCUUUAGGAUAGAGCUAAAUACAAUGUUAUAGAUUUCAAUGUUUCAUUUUAUUACGACCUCAGUUUUUAAAAAAUACAUAUUUGUUUAAUGUAGGGGAUACGUAGACAAAAUAUGAACCAUACUGUGGUUACAUUCUGGAUGAUAUAGUUACCCUAGCCCAUGCUUGCUAGAGGUGAAUAGGAAUGGAUUGAGUAAUGUCACUCUGUUGCAUAGGUGCAAACAAUCCUAAAUUUACCAGAACAGUCUCCAACAAAAAUAGGUUGUGUGCACCUGUCCCACAUUUUGAAAUCAGCCUUCAGAUUCCAAAAGGCAGAAGCGGACUUGACACUAGGACCAAUGCACAGAUCACUUCCGUUGUGGUCUGCUUGAAGGGUCAGGCUGUCAGUCAAACUUUGAGAAACAAAUGUUAGUGAUCUCAUUGUACAAAGUCAUAGUCGCUUGGUACUUAAGAAAAAAAAGAGAACUUGUAAUCAUAAAACUGAGGUUUAUUACUGAGGAAGAUGUAAAUGCCAUUUCUAAUUUGUAUUGAACGCGCAGGUUGUUUGUGAGCUGUGUCUGGCCUAUUUUACUGCUGUGCGUGGAAAGUUUUUUUUUUUUAAACAGAUAUUUAAUUUGUUUUAUGAGAAGGCUUUUAGACGUGUCAUAAACUGGGAGCGUCCCGGUUAACGAAGGUAUGAUCUUAAAUCAAAUCGAAUGUUCUUGCUGAUUCACUUUGUGAUAAACACAUUUUGACUGAGGGCGCAGUAAUUUAAUAGAAAACAAACUAAAAAGUCAACUAAACUCCUUCGACGGGAGAAAUCAAUUCAAAGAACCUUUUUAAAUUAACCCCAUCCGUUCGGCAAAGUGCUUCAAUGUCUGACCACUUCUUUACUUGUUCGGUGAACCUAUUUUAAAUGUGUUUUAAAUGUGGGGCCUAUUCACUAAACAGCACGUUCUGGUAGCUCGAGAGGAGACUAUGUCGAGGAUAAUAUAGCUAAUAUGGAUAACAUUUGUUUUUGGAUAAGAUAGCUAAUUGUCAUAUCACUGCAAUUCAUUCAACAUAAAUAAAUAAAUACACACGUGAAACCAAAAAGACUCUCUCUCGAUAGAGAGAAUGGGUUCAACAUCUAAAACAGCAAUGUUACUUCCUUCAUAAGCAUCAUGUUACUACUGAGUACCUACACUGCUCUACUGAUGUAGGAUCCGGUACUGUACCCUGUUAUAUGGAUUUAAGGGUGUUUAGCGUGUGGCAGCUUAGGAUAAUGAGAUGUUAAGGAGUACCAGCAUUUAUGGUGACAAUUUUUACUGUAACUCUUAUCAAUCAUUUCCUCCUUCCUCACUCAACCCCAUUCUUCCCUAUCCCUCUCACUUACAGAGUUAUUCCCAAAAUUGUAGGAUGAAAUAACAAAAAUGAAAAAUGCUUUUAUUUGUUUUAUUAUUUGGAAUUUUAAAUUAACUCUGAAUUCAGAAAUAAAAAGAGGAAUUCAGCCCUUUAGUUACUGAUAUAGUCCAAUUUGGCAGCUUAACAACCAAGUCCGAUGUCUCUCUCCAGUUAG